AUGUGGCUGCUCAACACCUCCACGGUAGAACUGAAUUCCGGAGGAUACGCCAUUCUCUCCCACGUAUGGUCUCGAGACAACGAGGACACCUUCCAGGAAACCAGCAGCGCCGAACUCACUGAAACAAUCAACUCCAUGUUUCGGUAUUACCAACUUCCGAUGAUCAUCGGACCGGACUUCGCCCGGAGCAAGUGGCACACACGAGGGUGGACCUUACAAGAACUCAUUGCCCCCAAGGUCGUACUGUUCUUCGCCUCCGACUGGACAUUGAUUGGCACCAAGUUCGAGCUCGCGCGAAGCCUCGAGCGUAUCACUCGCAUCCCCCAGCCAGUCCUCCAGCUCAACCAGGACAUUACCACGGUGUCAAUCGCUGCGCGGAUGUCGUGGGCCGCACGCAGGGAGACCACGCGAGUAGAAGACGGGCAUACUGUCUGUUCGGUUGUUCGGGAUCAAUAUGCCGACGCUAUACGGGAAGGCAGCAACGCCUUCUACAGGCUGCAAGAGGCGAUCAUGCGCACGUCGCCGACAUGUCGUUGA